AAACACGAGGGGACUUCUAAACCCAGACAAUGGAAAAAGUCAGAAGUGGACAAUCCUCUUUGGAACAAACUCACCUAUAUGUGGCCAGUUCUGCCAAAUGGAGAAGUCAAUGAGAACUUUGACUGGCCCAUUCAAGGUUCACUGAUUCCAAAUAGUCCUCCACUGGAGAAACCAUCCGGGAAUCCUACAGACUCAUAUGUUCCUGUGAAACUGAAGGUCUUAAAAAAUGGAGAUUGGGACAAGAACAGAGCAUGUACCAUUGUGGGACCAAACAUUUCAAGCAUGCUCAAAAAAACUGGUGCGCCUUCGUCUAGCAAGAAACAAAUGAAGCAAAAGGAGAAGAAAGUCAGCCCUGAAGAAGAUCAUUCUAUAAAAGUAGAAAAGAUAGAAUUUCAACAAUUCUUAGAAAGGUGCACAAUGAUGAUGAAUCUACCUUCUGCAGCCCGCAGACUAUUUAAUCAAAACGGGGAUGAGAUUUUUCAUUUGAGAGACGUUGAAAGAAAUCAGCUGGUAUAUGUUUCAUGCGGAGAUCACUGGAUUGAUCCACAGCUGUCUGCGGCCGAGCGCAAAAAACAGCUUCUGCUUAAUAACCUCGGAUCAGAUGUAUCUCUAAUUCGGUAUUACUGUUCCCUCCAAAGCCCAGACAAUCUUGUUCUAGAGGUUUGUGGAGAAAUUGUUGCAGGGGCAAAACUGACUGUAAAUCACAAUGUGUCGGUAGCCAACGAAGAUGAUGCUGCAUCAGCGAUUGAUGAGGGCAAGGUUGCACAAACAGAAGAAAGUGUACAAGAAAAUGACACAGAUGACAUUCUAGAUUCCCACACCCGGACACAUAGAAGAUUGGAUGCUUUGUUCACAGGCGCCAAAUAUCCCUGGGAAGAAACACCAGAACAUUAUGAUGAGGAUAACAACAUAAUGCCAGAAGAUGACCUUGUGAACAGCCAUCAACAGGACAAUUGUGGAUACAAGCGAAAAGUAACUAAAUUACACGGCAGUCACCGGCAGCAGUUUGAGUUGGUAGAUGGGCAGAUUAUUUGCUCGGCAGUCCCAGGACUCGCCCUAGGAGUGAGUGGCGAAGAAGUCCACGCAGGAGUCGAGGUGAUUUUGGUGGAUCGGAGGCCUGAUGACAUCAAUCAGCAGUGGAAAUACGUUGAAGAUAACAGGACAUUUCAUUUAGAAAGUAACCCAGAUCUGGUACUGGCCAUUUCCACACCUAAGGUGUAUCCAGGACUAAAGCAAACAGACACAAAGUAUCCAAGAUGCUCGACCAUCCUGCAGAAAUACAAAGAGUACAUCAACGGAGCAGCCAAUCAAAAAUGGUGUUAUGUUCCCAGUAUGAAAGUACUGGGUGCCUUUUUCAGCGACCAGUUGGACAAAGAGAUCACGGCUGCAAAUCAAGCCUCCGUUUGUACAUUCACCAUAACCGGUGCGGUAGAGUUAAGUCAACCAGGAUAUUCUUUAAUCUCCCCCGAUGGUAAUGAGAAUAUCACGGUGUGUCUGCCCUGUGCAAGGACCAUGGGUGGACAGAGAGAUAUGAAGAAGGUCCCAGCUGAUACAACGUUCUUCUGCGCUUCCGGACUCAAAGAUUCAAAACUAAGUCCUUUGGGUCCCUUUAAAUGUCUUCAUGUCAGAAAGACCGACUUGUCGACGUCUGAAGCACAAAAUACCUUGAGGUGCUUUGAAGAGACGCUUUCAUCUUUGGUAUCAGAGCGAGCUACCCAUACGAUCUCACGUGAGAUUUCAGCGGUCGGCAGUCAGAGGGCUCUGAGGUUUAAAGCUUAUAAAAAUGGCUCAGGAUUCCAGAAUGGAAAGUUGAUAAUCGCUGGGACAUUACCAAUGCUUCUGACCAUGUGCACAAAGGAGCUGGAUCUGCCUCGACCGGUUUCAAAACUCUACACCGAAGACGGCACCCUGAUUCUCACGUGGUCGAACCUUAUAUUGUGGGCCGUGAAUGACUUCUUUCAGAAGAACGAAGAACAAAUCGGAAGCAGUGAUGCCGAGGAAGAUCCGCAGCCUGUGAAGGAACGCACUGACUUCGCUCUGGUGGGUCCCGAAGACUUGAAUAUGAUCGAUGAACAUUUGCUUUCCUUUAUUCUACGGAAGCCUGUUGAAGUCUGGGCGUCGUGUGGAGAGCCGUUUCUGUCUUUGCACGCUUUACAGAGAUCACAAGAACGGGAAAGAUUACACUGGUUACAAAAGGAGAAGAUUCUGACUGACCUGAAUGGGAUGAAACAUAAAAUAAGGCACCUGCAAGGACGACGAGUGAAAUCUCUCACUCCUCCUAGAAUGGUGUCGAACCAAAAUCCCAGCCAGCCUGUGUUAGUGGAAGGUGGAUGGACAGAAGAAACAAACGAGGAACGCAAGCUAUUAAAAAACAUACACAACGCUGAGAUGUACCUAUCUGAUGUUCAAGCUCUCCACCUCAAAAAGCAAAAUGUCCCUUCAACGACCAAAGAAUCCGGUCAAAGAGCGCUUUAUACCUGUCCUGCCAUGAAAAGAGUCUCGGUGUAUGUAAAUGGGGGCAACGAAGAACAAGCGAUAUUCGCCUGGGGCAAAACUAUGGAGGAGAUGUUGGAUAAUUGCACUUCAAGGCUCAACAUGCAGCUUCAUCCAGCGGAAGCAUUUUAUACACCCGACGGUGAAAAGGUGACCUCAUGGGAUGAUGUCAUCAAGGACAUGGUUCUGUGUGUUUCAUCAGGAGAGCCAUUUGUAAGCUAUAAAGCUAAAAAGCACAUGAUCCAAGUGAAGGCCAACUACGCGCGAAUCAGGAGGAGAUACGGCUCCGAAGCCACAGACGUGAUCGUCUCAUCCCCCAAGGGCAUGGAGUCCCAGCUGGCAUGAGCAGGGUGAAAUCCCGCUCCGAACGCCGGCGUGGGGAGGAAAUAAAUUGACAUUUCAGAAGUGGUUGACCUAAAUGGAUUAUACAGUUAUGUACAAUUAUUACGGAGAAUUCAAUACUUUUAUUGUAUUCCGCUUUAACCUUCGCUUUAUUAAAAAAAAUAACAGCCAGGUUGCAAUGAAUUUCCAGGCGGAAACGGAGAAGAUUUGAUGUAUCUGUAUCUGAUGGCGAGGCGGACGGUUUAAAUGAGACCUUUAAUACCGGGUCGGUCUUUUCACUUUUAUGACGGCGAACGCGCGGUUUUAGGGAGAGUAAUUACUUUCGAAAAUGUUUUGCCAUCUCUG